AUGUUAUCCGAAGAGGAGGAGGAGGCUGUAGAGAUGGCUCAACAGCCCGAAUGGACCGAAGGAGACGAAGCUGUUGUCACCAAAGCCAUAGCAGCCCCCAAACCAGACAUCGAAGCACAGCCUUAUGUACCCACUUCGGAGGAGCUUCUGAAGGAUGGACCUGAAGAUGUGGAUGCCUGGAAUGUCACCAUAUACCCUGAAGACCUACUGAAGAUCCACGGGAGAUACCUCACCCUUUUUCAGUUGGUGUCCCAAGCCCCAUACCCCAUUCUCCGCGAUGACAAAUACUACAGUGACUGGGUGUACCUUGCCCGAGGGUCUGGUUUUCUAAAGGUGGAGCCUCAGUACAAGACUCCACUAGUUCAGGCUUUCCAGAAACACUUUCAUGUUCAACCAAGCAGCUACGGGCUUGCAUUUUCUUCGGGAUGCCCUACAGUGACUCUUGAGAUGUUGGUUAAUGCGCUUCAGGAUGUCAGCUGUGAAUCGGUGCGAAUUCAGGCAUACGGGAUGAAGCUUGCCUUUUUGGAAGUGCACACCGAACCUGGCAACCCUGAACAUCCCCUUUCACAUACCAACACUUGGGACUAG